AUGGAGAACAAGGCCAUGUACCUCCACACCUUCAGUGAGAGGGAGAGCAGCUCCCUCUUCGAGGAGCCCUUCGAGGGAAGGAGCCUCUCCAAGCUGAACCUCUGCGAGGACGGUGCUGGCAGGAGGAUGAAGGCAGGAGGUCACUGUGGCCGUCUGGGCUCCUUGGCAGCUCUCAAAUAUGCUGUGCUUGGGCUCUAUCUCCUGGUCUUCCUCAUCCUCGUCGGAGUCUUCAUCCUGGCAGUUUCCAGGCCACAAACAUCCCCUGAGGACCUGAAGGUGCUGCUGGGCAACAUGAACCGCCUCAACGAGAGCUUCCGGGACAUGCAGCUGAAGCUGCUGCACCUCCCUGCGAAGGGAGACAUGCUGGACCACAUCUGGAGGCUGCAGGACCUCCUGCAGAACCACUCAGACUCCUUGUUCCUCAUGAUGGGAUCCCUGCAGAAGCUGGAAGGACUCCUCUGGAGCCUGCAGUCCCAGAGCAGUCAGACAGACAAGGUGGUGUCCAACCUGUGGGACAGCCUGACCCAGCAGGGCGACACAGCCCAGCAGGACAUCUACAAACUCUCCGUGGAAGCCAACAGCAGCCGCUUGCUGCUGCAGCACCACGACCACCUCCUGAGCCACCUGGGGGGCAGGGUGGACGUCCUGAGCGACCAGGUGAUGGCUGUGAGCGCUGCCAUGGACACCAUGAACAGGACCUUCUCCUAUGACGUGAACAUCCACCACACUCGUCUGCAGGACCUGCAGGUGCUGCUGAGCAAUGCCACUGAGGAUGCUCGGCACAUGCGGCUGCUGCACAUAGCCAUGGAGCAGCAGCUGAAGCAGGAGUUGGCCAUCCUAAACAAUGUCACUGAGGACCUGAGGAUGAAGGACUGGGAGCACUCCAUGGCGCUGAGGAACAUCUCAGUGAUACGAGGGCCACCAGGACCCAAAGGAGACCAAGGAAGUGAAGGGUUGGAGGGAGAACGUGGUCUUCCCGGCCUGCCUGGCCUCCGAG